AUGUCCAAGUUCUUCACCUAUUGUUUCGUUGAUGAAAAUUUGGAUCAACAUGAUUCCAAUGAACCGAUAGACACCAUCACCUCUCUUUUGAAAUUGAGUAAAGAAAUAAUUUCCGAUCACAUCAUUCCAUAUUUUGAUGAAAAAACUAUCAUUUCAUUUGCUGGUGUGUGUUCCGAAUGGAGAAGAAUUGUCAAAACGACCAAAGUGAAAGGAGUUCAAUGUUUUUCUGUUCACUACAGUGCCUCAAAUUUCAUGUUUCAAUCUCUGAAUGAAAUGAGUGGAUUGAUCAAAGGUGACUUGAAUGAAAUAUUCUCCGAGUUCUUUAUCCAUGGAAAGGUUGGAAACAAAAAUGUUACAUUUGAACGAUCAGUGUUUAAAAGAUUAUUCAAUUCGAAAAAGGUUGAAUCAUUGACCUUAGAGUCAACCAAUAUCAUCACCAAAGAUAUUCCUUCAAAACAUUGUUCAACACUCACAAAUUUGAAAUUGAUUAAUGUUGAAGUGAGUGAGGAAAAUUUGAGAAUUCUAUGCACCAGAUUGGAGAGACUUACAGAAUUGACAUUGAUUGGAAAUAAUAUUGGAAAAAGAGCUGGAUUAAUUCUUUCCAACUCAAAGUUGAAAAAUUUGACACAUCUUACCAUUGGAAAUGGGGUUGGAAACGAAGGGGCUGAAUUCUUGUUGACAUCUGACAAAUUGAGAAAUUUGAAAAAACUUGAAUUUGUUGAAAUUGCUGGUCCAUAUAUCGAUGGAUCUGUCAAACAUGUUCCACGAAUUGACUCAUCAAAGUUUCCAUCACUUUGCUGUUUUACUUCACGUCGACAUCUUUUGUGUAAAGAAGGAAUAAUGAAUGUGUUAAAUAGUGGAAUUCCUUGGAAAGAAUUGUCAUUAAUUUCAUGUGAGACACUUGACGAUGAUUGCUUGUUGCAUAUCAGCAAGAUUACUUCAAUUGAAAAACUAUGUUUGGCCGAACCUUUCGACGGUCGGACGAGUUGUUUAAAAGCAUACAAAUACCUGUCAUCCUUACAAAACAUGAUUCAUCUUGAAAUUCGUUCUGACAAUGAUGGUUUGCUUGAGUUGUGUAAUAUGAAGACCAAUAAUUUGAAACAUUUUUGCAACUAUAGAUCACAAACAACCUCUGAAGUCUCUGAAUAUGCAAUUCAAAAAUUUUGUGACACUUUUCUAAACCUAACUUUUUUAAAGUUCUAUAACAACAAUUUGGGAUCGGGUUGCAUGUGUCACAUCUCUAAAUUACCAAAUUUGAUUGAUUUACAAUUAGACCGUACCAAUGUUAACAUGAAGGAUAUCAAAUAUAUUUCAAGAAUGAAUCAUUUGAAAUCACUUGUUUUUGGAUCUCCAAUCUCUUGUGAAGGAAUGAGAGAUAUAUGUGAUGGUUCUCUCAUUAACUUGACAACUCUGAUAUUUUCAUAUUCAUCCAAUGCUAGAAAGUUUGAGGAAAUUGAUGGUUCCUAUUUAUCCACAUCUAAUUUUCCAAAAUUAACCUAUUUGAGCAUAUCGAAUGGACUCUUUGCAAUGAACAAUUUUUUGGUAAAUCUUGCUUCUGGAUCAUCUUUGAAACAUUUGAAGCAUUUAGAAUUGUUGACAGACUUGUUUCAUGAACAGACAUUACUUGACAUUGUGAACCAUUUAUGUCCUCACUAUUUGACAAUCUAUCGUAAUUAUGCUUUGAAUUACGAGGAAUUAAGGAAGAAAAUAACAUCCUCAACCAAAAUAAUUUUUUAUGAAGAAUUUCAAUCAGACAAGUUUAUUUCACUUCAAUAA